AUGCCUGAAUCAAAUCUAGGGGGCCAUACUUCCGAAUUGCUUCUACUGAUGAGAGACUUUGAUUUUGAGCAAAGCGGGAUUAAGACUGUGCAUGCUGUGAUCGGCUCUGAUGGUGAUAUUCUUAGCGAAAAAAAAUUACUGGAGCAAAAGUGGAUUCGGUCUAUCCAUAAAAUUACCCGGGGACGUUUUGUCGGUGGUUCGCUGCUCAGCAGCAUCCCACAUCUGUUACAGCUCCUCCUGCAAUCAAUAUGGCUUGCAAGAAAAAUCUUUUGCACAGAAACAAUAGUGAUUUGCAAUGGCCCUGCCAUUUGCGUGCCACUUGCCAUAAUUGGAUCGCUGCUACGAGCGACUACUGGAAAUAGAUAUCCCCUCGUCAUAUACGUCGAAUCGUUUGCACGAGUAUGUAAUCUAUCGAUAUCGGGGCGUAUCCUUUAUUGGUUCGCUACGAAAUUCAUCGUUCAAUGGCCGCAGCUGCAGAGCAAAUAUAGCCAAGCGGAAUAUUUGGGGGUCUUAAUAUAA